AUGGCUUCAAUUGACCUCACCGCUGGCGCCGUCGAGGUUGGCAUCGUGAUAUCGACAUUCCUGUACGGCAUUGCGACGGUGCAGGCCUACAUAUACAGUCGGUCAAAUCAUCAAGAUCCACUCUGGCUCAAGUCGCUGGUAAGAUUUUCGCUACUCGAGACCCUGCUCACCGUGCUGACGUGCAUGUACCUGUACUCCUUGACUAUCACCCAUUUUGGCGACAUCGAUACCCUGCAGAACCUACCAUGGCCAAUGGACGUCACAUUUGCGAUCGGCGGCAUUGUCAGUGGUCUAGUACAAUCAUUCUUCGCCUGGCGCGUCUACGUUAUUUCCCGCCGCCUAGAGACCAGCAUCGUGUCCUGGGUAGGGUGUGUAUGCCGCGUCGCAAUCACGCUCACCAUAUGCAUACUCGACAUCAAAUCGAAGACCGUCGGUCGCUAUGAGAGCCGGUACGGCUGGACGAUCACCUUCUCCCUCUCGCUCGCCAUGUUCAUCGACGUCCUCAACACUUGCUCCCUCUGCUUUUGGCUGUGGCGUAAGAAGGACAAAGAACACUCGACCAGCGCAUUGAUCGACAAGGUUAUGACGUGGACGAUUGGUGGGUCCGCCUUGAUAAACAGCCUUCCUCCUGUCUGA